AGUGAGCAGCUACCAACACAUGAGCUAGGAGAGGGUUCUCAAGACAAUUCUGUCUACUCUAAAUUCUUUAUUCUUUUCUUGUUGAGAAGCUGGGUGUCUGCCAUUUAAAAUUUUUUUAACUUUAUUUAAGAAGAACCUUUAAAUAAAGAGGAACCAGUGAAUUGAAAAUGAGACUAAAUGUUGCCAUCUUCUUUGGGGCUCUUUUUGGUGCUUUAGGAGUUUUACUCUUUUUGGUGGCUUUUGGAUCAGACUAUUGGCUUCUUGUGACUGAAGUGGGCAAGUGUUCAGGUGAACAGAAUAUAGAGAACAUUACUUUUCACCAUGAAGGAUUCUUCUGGAGAUGUUGGUUUAAUGGCAUUGUGGAAGAAAGUAAUUCAAAUAUCUGGAAGUUCUGGUACACCAAUCAGCCACCAUCCAAGAACUGCACACAUGCUUACCUGUCUCCAUAUCCUUUCAUGAGAGGCGAGCACAAUUCUACGUUCUAUGACUCUGCAGUUAUUUACCGUGGUUUCUGGGCAGUCCUGAUGCUCCUGGGAGUAGUUGCUGUGGUCACUGCGAGCUUUUUGAUCAUCUGUGCAGCCCCCUUUGCCAGCCAUCUUCUCUAUAAAGCCGGAGGAGGCUCAUAUAUUGCUGCAGGCAUCCUGUUUUCCUUGGUGGUGAUGCUGUACGUUAUCUGGGUCCAGGCAGUGGCUGACAUGGAAAGCUACAGAAACAUGAAAUUGAAAGACUGCUUGGAUUUCACACUUUCUGUUCUGUAUGGCUGGUCAUUUUUUCUGGCCCCCGCAGGGAUAUUUUUUUCCUUGCUCUCAGGAUUACUUUUUCUAGUUGUUGGAAGGCAUAUUCAGAUACAUCACUAAUCAAACUGUAGCCACCAGUGUUUUCUUGACAUAUUUUAUUUUUAUUUGUUUAGUGAUCCUAGCACAGAAUUUGUUUAUGUAACUUUUCAGUUGCUAUUUGAAUGAAUUAUUUUACUUGUGAUUUUUCUCUUGUAAGAAGGUACUAGAAUUUUUUGAGACACCAACAUGUUUCCAUCCAUUUGAGUGCUAUCAAGAACCUAUUUUUUUUAGGGAGAAGGUAACAUGACUUCCUUUCAUAGAACUUGUCAGAGUUCACACAGGUUGAAAAUAUAUGUAGGUAUAAUAAUAGCAUAAUACCAUCAGCUGGGGAAAAUCAAGAUGUGAUUUGAAGCCUCCCUUUUGGCAUUCACUUCUGUUGCUACUUAAAAAAUAAUCUUUGUAGAAUAAUUAAGAAUGUAAAACAUGUCAGAGAAUUUACUCCAUUUUCUCUCCCCACACAUACAUACCCACACAGAUGACUCCGGUGAGUAUCAUUAUUUAAAAAUACAUAGCAGAUGUUCCUGUAGCAGGAGCCACACAAACUCAUCAGUUAAAGUGGGCCACAGCAAAACUUUUUCCGCUUUCUUAUCAACAGAAGUUUGAUUACCUAAUUUUUUCACUUAAUUGUGCAUGCUUACAUAACAUUUAAUUAUAUUUAAAAGUAUCAAAUCUGUACAUCAAAAUACAUAUAAUGCAGAUUGGAUUUUGAGAACUUAAAGUGGAUUAAUUACAUAUUUAAUAUAGUUGAAAAUAUGCAAAGACCAAGGACCUCAGCUGACUAUAUAAUUCUAUUUGAUAUUGUAAAGUUCUCAUUUAAUAUUAUAUUACUACUAUGUUCAACUUAUGAAAAUUUAUUAAUGCACAAAAUACUUUCAUAGGAGGGUGUUGAUAACCUCACUUUAUUGAAGUCUAUGAAAUAAUAACUUUUCCAAGAUUUUAUGGGUUGUAGUUAUUCUGAUCAUUUGAUUUUCUUAAUUAUUGUCCCUCCAUUUCUUCAUUUUUACAUCAGGAAUGUAAACAUUUACAAAUUUCUAUUGUCUUUAAUCUCUUUGAAAAAAAAACAAACUUUUGCUUUUUUUUGCAAGGGGUGGGGUUAGGGGUGGGAGUAGAAUAAUUCCGUAUAGACAUUUUAUGUAUCAAAGAUGUUUUCUUGGCACUAACUUUGAUUGAAAUCAAAUCCAUCUAGGAAGCUUAGGUCAUUUUUUUUUCAUUUUGGAAACUUCCACCAUGGAGCAAUCGGUUGUUCAUGAUGAAACAGAGUCCAGCAUGGUGGUAAGCUUUUACCAGAAGCAGCAUUUCAUUGCACAGCUGGGUGGGUACAGAGGCAGGAGUCAGAGACAGACUGAGAGGCACCUAGAAGAUGCUACAGAGUAGAGGGACUAUCGUUUCUUUCCAGCUGGCCCAUGAGGAGAGGUUUCCAGAGUCUUCACCACACAGCUUCUAUUUUCCAUUAGCCUCAUUUUAAUAAAAGGGAUUUCUGGAGGAAUAGCAAAGGUCUUAAGUAUCUACAAAAUCAUGAGUGGCAUUUAGUGUUUAGGGACAGUUAGGACUUGCAUAUAGUAGAAACAAAGAAAUAAAAUGAAAAUACAACAAAACUAACUGUAACUGGUUUCUCAAGCCAUUUCAAUUAUAUCAUAAACAAUUUUUGUUACUUUCAUUUGUCCUUUUCUGUUUCAUUUUUAUAUUGAUUCAUUUAGUUAUUUGCUUUUGGCUUGAUGAUUUGAAAAAUAAUUACAGGUUUUUCUCUGCAUAUUGACUGUGAUAUUAAAUUAUGGCAUGCCAUUAAGUUCUCCAGAUGAUGUUAGAUAUAUUUGAUUAAUUCAUGUCAUCUGUAAAUACAAUUCUUUUUUUGUAGAAGUUUGGAAUGGAGACUUUUCUGGUGUAUUAUUUGUCAUUUAAAUUUCAAAUACAAGCUGUUUUCAGUAAAGUUUUGAAUAUUUAUAAAUUUCAGAUGUUUAUCCUCACUUUCUAAUGUACUUAUGUGGCUACCAUGUAUUUGCCAUAAGGCAACUGUCUGAAUAUCUGAUGUGCAUGACACUUUUAUACAGAUCCACACUUUGGAAGUA